GCUUGACCAGCCCAACUUCAAGGCAAGCCAUCUAAAUCUCUCUCCUCCCUCUCUUUCUCUCUCCUACCACAAUAUUAAUUUCCCAUUAAUAUUUAUAUUAAUACCCAUAUAAUUUUUUAUUUUUUAUAAAAAAUAAUUAUAUGAUCUGAAAAUACUCUUUCUCUCACAAAACCCCAUUGUCAACCAAGAAAUUCCAAGAAUUUAAUUAAUUUUUUCUAGAGAGAGAUAGAAAAUAGUUGGUGGGAAAGAAGUAAAGCUUGAUUUUUCACUACUCAAGCUUCUCAAAAUUGAGGUAAUUUAAGAAGCUCACCUACAUAAUUUUUUUUUUCUUCUAAUUUUUAUUUUUCUCUCUCUAGAAAUAAAAAAGUUGAAAUCUUUAUAAUUUUUUGUUUUAAAUUUUUUUAUGCAAUUGAGCAUUGUUGUUGAUGUUGUUGUUUAUCAAAAAAACUGUUGCAUAAAAAUGGGAGUGAGUUGAGCAACAACAAAGAAAAGAAAAGAUGUGUAGAUCACUAAAACUUAAUUUUUGUAUAUUGUUGUUGUUGUUGGUUGCUUGAAAAUGGGUGGAUUUAGAAAACCCAAUUUGCUAAUUUUUAUAGAAUUAGUGUUAUUGUGGUGUUGGUUGUUGAGAUUUGGGAGUACAUUGGUUUUGGUUGUUGGUCAACAGCAACAACAGCAGCAACAACGAGUUACAGUGCCGUCUGAGCGAGUUGCACUGAUUCAACUCAGAUCGUCACUCGGUCUCCGAGCAAGGGACUGGCCGAUUAAGCCAGACCCAUGUACAUCUUGGAAAGGAAUUGAAUGUAGUAGUAAUGGUUCUGUUAUUGGGAUUAAUAUUUCAGGGUUUAGAAGGACUAGAAUUGGGGGUCUAAACCCUCAAUUUGAUGUUGAUGCUCUUGGUAAUUUGACCAAUUUAGUGUCGUUUAAUGCCUCGUUAUUCGAGCUCCCUGGUCGAAUACCCGAAUGGUUUGGUUUUAGGUUGGAUAGUUUGCAGGUGCUUGAUCUUCAUUCUUGUUCUAUUAAUGGUAGUAUACCUUUGAGCUUGGGGAGGUUGAGUAGGUUAACAACUUUGGAUUUGUCUAGUAAUGAUCUUAGUGGUGUUGUCCCCUCUACUUUGGGUCAAUUGGUGAACCUUAACAUCCUUGAUCUUUCCCACAAUUCGCUUAAUGGGUCAAUUCCGGAUUCCUUUUCCUCGCUUAGGAACCUCUCGUUUCUUGAUAUGUCGUCGAAUUCCCUCUCCAGGCCGAUCCCUCGUGGUAUUGGGGUUUUGCAGAAUCUCAGGACUUUGAAUUUAUCCAAUAAUAGUCUAAUGUCUGUUAUUCCUCCUCAACUUGGUGAUCUUAGAGGUUUGGUUGACCUUGACCUGAGCUUUAACUCUUUGGUGAAUUCACUGCCUCUGGAAUUUAGAGGAAUGCGGAGAUUGAGAACAAUGGUUUUGGGGAACAAUAAACUUUCAGGUUCACUGCCAGAUGAUUUGUUUCCAGUUUUGACCAGGUUGGAGAUUGUGGAUUUGAGCCACAACAACUUUACGGGUGUUGUUCCUGAUGCAUUGUGGUCAAUCUCUGCAUUGCGGCUUGUUGAUAUCUCUGGAAACACCUUUACUGGUAUUCUUCCGAACAUUACCUUGAGUCGCAAUGCCACUGCUGCAGUGCUUAAUCUUUCUAAUAAUGAGUUUUAUGGGGGACUGAAUUUGGUGCUGCAGACAUUUAGUUCAAUUGAUAUAUCUGGCAAUUAUUUUGAGGGCAAAUUACCAGAAUAUGUGAAUGAUGGUGCAUCUGUUAGAGCCAAUUGUCUGCAACAUGCUACAGGUCAGAGGACAAAGGAGGAAUGUUCUUCGUUUUAUGCUUCUAAGGAUUUGGUUUUCGACAACUUUGGGCUUCCAAGUUCUGAUGUCACCCCGGGGGCAGGACAAGUGCCUAAGAAAAAGAGUCACAAGCGCACUAUUAUAUUGGCUGCAGUUUUGGGGGGCAUUGGUCUAUUGCUAUUGUUGCUUUUGCUAUUAAUACUAUUCAUAUGCUCCCGAAGGAGGCAUGGUACAAGGCAAAGAGGGAACGGUGUGGGUCCAAUUCCUCCUACUGGAGCUGUUCCUCCUUCACCAGGAGUUGCUAUUAAUUUUUCAAGUUUGGGAGAUUCAUUUACAUAUCAGCAGCUGGUUGAUGCUACAAGCAACUUCAGUGAUUUGAAUCUCAUUAAAAAUGGGCAUUCUGGUGAUUUGUACCGAGGUCUACUUGAAGGUGGUAUCUCUGUGGUGGUUAAAAAAAUCAACUUGAAUUCAGUAAAAAGGGAAUCGUACCUUGUAGAGUUGGACUUUUUCAGUAAAAUAACACAUCCCAGAUUGGUUCCGCUCUUGGGGUACUGCUUGGAUCAGGAAAAUGAGAAAUACCUUGUUUACAAGUACAUGCCAAAUGCAGACUUAUCAAGUUCCUUGUUCAGGAAGGUCAAUACCGAUGACACUUUGCAAUCCCUUGAUUGGAUAACAAGACUAAAGAUAGCCAUAGGAGUAGCAGAGGGUCUAUGUUACCUACAUCAUGAAUGUACACCACCGUUUGUACACAGGGAUAUACAAGCAAGCAGCAUACUCCUUGAUGAUAAAUUUGAAGUAAGACUUGGCAGUCUCAAUGAUGUUUGCAUACAAGAGGGAGAUAGUCAGCCUGGAGUCAUUACAAGAUUGUUGCGGUUGCCACAGACCUCUGAACAAGGCCCAUCAGGUUCUCAGACAUCGACUUGUGCAUAUGAUGUUUACUGCUUUGGAAAGGUGUUACUUGAGCUUGUCACUGGCAAACUUGGCAUAAGCUCAUCAAACGAUACCAGUAUGAAGGAGUGGAUGGAUCAAACAUUGCCCUGUAUAAAUAUGUAUGACAAGGAACUCGUAACAAAAAUUGUGGACCCUUCUUUAAUAUACGACGAAGACCUCCUCGAAGAAGUCUGGGCAAUGGCUAUUGUUGCUAGAUCGUGCCUCAAUCCAAAGUCGUCAAGGCGGCCCCUCAUGAGAUAUAUCCUUAGAGCAUUGGAAAACCCAUUAAAGGUGGUAAGAGAAGAAAAUGUUGGUUCUGGAAGGCUUCGAACGACAUCUUCCAGAGGAUCUUGGAAUGCUUCAGUAUUUGGAAGUUGGAGGCAAAGCUUGGAUGUGGGUGCUGCCCCUCCUGCUCCCCGAGUUGAGGGAACAGGCAGUCUUAAACGAUCGGGUACUUCUGGGUCUCAAGGCAGUGGGCAAGUUGGUGGGAAUGAUAAUUCGUCCUCACAACGGCGGCAAUCUAGGGAGAUAUUCCAAGAACCUGUAGACGUGCAUGACAUAGAGAGACCAGAGACAAGAUGAACAUUAGAGUAAGAAGGUCAAUUGAAUUGUUCAAUUUCACAUUCUUCCCGACUCACUGGUUUAGCGCAUCACGUAUUGCUUUCUACAGUUAGUGGGUUUCCGGGGCCAGUUUUGGUGUCAAUUUAUUUCAGUUUUCAGAGGUGUACAGCCGUUACUUGUGAUUCAGUGAUAGUUUAAAAUGUGUUGGAAGGGUGCUCAAUUUCACGAGCUGCGACCACUUUUGAGCUAACUGAUUGAUGCAUCUUGUAGGAGAGAAAGGCAGCACAUCCUGACAGCCAAUUGUUCUCAUUUGUUUGAGCUUGUUUGUGGACAGUCAACCAGAAAAACAAGCUGCUACAAUUUUUUCUGUAAUUGAUCUAUUUGAUUUUCGGGUCGUCCUCGUGAAGGGUGUAAUUAGUAGAUGUUUAGAAUUCUUGACUGCUUUCUUUCAUUUUUAGAUUUCUAUUUUGGUGGGAUCAACGGGUGCAAAGAAGUGGAAAAGAAACAAGAAAACACAAUACAACUUCAUUUUUUUUUAAUUCUUCUUAUUUAUUAUUACGAAGUGUUUUAUUUAAAGAACUCUGGUAUUGAAAAUGUGCUGCUUAGCUUAUAAUAAUGUCCAUAAUGAAUCGUUUUCAUC